GUAGUAUACAUGGCCGUUUCUGUUGCUUUUAACGAUAUUGGUAAGUCCUCAAAGGACCUUCUGACAAAAGACUUUCCUAUUGGAAGCGUCAAGCUUGAAGUCAAGACAACAACUUCUGACGGGAUCACAUUUAAAAUAAACAGCCAUCGCGAUAAUAAGACUGGCAUCAUUGUCGGCGACCUUGAAAGCAAGUACACUGAUAAGGCUCGGGGUAUUUCUUUCUCUGAAGCCUGGACUACUUCCAACCAUCUUGAUGGAAGAAUUGAGCUUGAUAACAACCUUGCUAAGGGUCUUAAACUUGAGUUGAUCACUUCUCUUAUUCCUUCCAUUCAAGAUAAGGCUGCCAAAGUCAAUCUUGUGUACAAGCAACCUCAUUUACACACUGCAGCUUCUGUUGAUGUCUUCAAGAAAACCGUAAAUGCCAAUUCUGUUGUUGGUGCUCAUGGCUAUGCUAUUGGUACUGAUGUUGCUUAUAAUGCAAACAAUGGAAAAAUUCAACGUUAUACUGCUGCUGUUGGAUUCAGUACCCGUGAUUAUGCUAUUGCUUUACAUGCUACCAACAAUCUUACCUACUAUACUGCUUCUUAUUACCAUCGUAUUUCUGCUGAACUCGAAGCUUCUGGUAAAGCUAGCUGGUCCAAUAAGGACACAAUGCAUGCUGUUGCUCUUGAAGUUGGCUUCAAGCGUCAAUUGGACCCUACUGCUUCUGUAAAGGCCAAGCUCACCAACACAGGUAUUGUUACUUUCGGUUAUACACAAUUGGUUCGUCCUGGUGUCAAAGUCAACAUGGGUGCUUCUGUUGAUAGUACUCGUCUGGAUCAAAACGCUCACAAGUUGGGUCUUGCUUUAACUUUUGAGAAAUAAUUCUAAAUAAAACUCGAAUAUUGUUUUUCAUGAUUGAGAGCUAUAAAGCAGUAAGAGAAUGAGCUAUCUGCUUGAAAUAACAGACCCAAGCUCGAAUAGUUGUC